AUGUUCAGAUACCUCAAAGAAUGCUCCGGCGUAGACAAUCGGCGCAAAAUAGUGGAUAUACUCAACCAAAAGUCGAGCUGGCUAGUAGCCAUGCGUACCGUCGUCACGCAUGCGCCGUCAAGCUAUGUCGCCCAUACAGAGCUACACGAUCUCUUAGGGAAUGCCACUGUACAGAUGGUUGAGGCUACAGAGAUCGACAGAAUCGACGCCAUGUACACGUUAGCAGAGGAAUACGAGCUGGGCAAUGGCGUAUAUCCUCUCCAAAAUCUCGUCCGCCCGUCCGCGAAUGAGUUGGAGGCAGAGUUGCAGAGUCUGAUAACAAAGAAAAAUAGAAUUCUUCCUGGCCAAAGCCUGAAAUCAAAGCUGCAGCCCGCGAUCAUCUUUCGCUUGUGUCCGUCGAGUUGUAAUCGUCCUGGCGGAAAACAUUAUCGACCACGACGCUGA